UGCAAACGCUGUUUUUGCCGAAGGCAUCUUACAAGCUAAAGUGGGUGGAUAACUACGUAUCACGUUAAAUUGUAGUUUGUGUAUCGGUUAUGUCACUUUAUCGAAAAAAACAAACUUUUAAAAUGUUUUUUCUGUGACAGAACGUAUUACAUUAUUUAACACAUAAACUUAAAUAAUUUCUCUUUGCAUACACUGUAACGAACAGUACUAUUUGCAAGGAAUUAUAAAAAUGAUACGAAUUAUGCAAUAAAGUUACAAACAAUUAAAGUUCAUUAGGAUUAUUUUUAAAUUUAUAUAUUUAUAUAGUAUGCAUUAAAGUAUGGUUUAAAUGCAAACAAAUUACCAUAUAAAAUUAAAGUAAACCAACAUGAUACUUCCAACAAGAUUGUCUCAUAAAACAACUAAAUUAUCGUAUCGUUACCAAAAUGUUUUUAUGAUAUGUUUGUUGACGUUUAUGCUGUUUAUUAUUUUAAUUGCAGUAUAUCACAUCUUAAAAUUUGGAAGUACUCAAAAACAUUCUGUUCAUAAUGCUAUAGUACUUAAUGACUUAAGUUCAUUGCGUACUCAAAUAUUAAAUGUAGAUUCUUUAAUGGGAGAUGCUACAAAUCUUUCUUGUACAUAUUUUGGUUGUUUUAAUGUUUAUCGAUGUGGUAGUCAAGGAAAUAAGCUUCUAAUUUAUGUUUAUCCGCCAAAAAUAUACGUGGAUGCUUUAGGAAGACCUGUAACGAGUCAGAUGACAAGAGAAUUUUAUCAAAUUUUAAGUACUAUUAUUUUAAGCAAAUUUUAUACACCAAAUCCAUAUGAGGCAUGUAUGUUUAUUCCAUCGAUUGAUACAUUAAAUCAAAACAGAUUGAAGUUACACGAAGUUUCACAAGCUAUGAAAGCGUUGCCAUUCUGGAAUAAUGGUGAAAAUCAUCUUAUAUUUAACAUGGUUCCUGGAAGUGUACCAGAUUAUAAUACAAUCAUUGAUGUAUCUAUUGGGAAAGCAAUGAUUGCAGGUGCAGGAAUGUCUUCCUUAACAUAUAGACCUGGUUUCGAUAUUAGUUUACCAGUGUAUAGUCCCCUUAUAAAUAAUCUUAAACCAAAGUUUAAUAAUACAAGGAUCUGGUUAGUCAUUUCAUCUCAAAUUAAUAUUAACUCUGCCUUCGAACAAGAUUUGUUAGAAAUAAAAUCCAUGUCUCCGAAUGAUAUUUUAAUAUUAGGCCCAUGUCUACAUUAUAAUUCUAUGAAUGCUACAGUACGAUGUGCAGGAGAAGAAGUGUAUAGAUAUCCUAAUGUACUUCAAGCAGCAACGUUUUGUCUAGUAAUUCGUGGAGCAAGAUUGGGUCAGAGUACUCUUCUAGAGUGUAUGGCAGCAGGUAGCAUACCUGUUGUUAUAGCUGAUUCCCUUGUAAUGCCAUUUCAUGAUGUAAUUGAUUGGUCCAGAGCUGCUAUAUUUGUAUCAGAAUCAGACAUAUUAUCAGUAAUAUCAGUUUUGAAGAAAGUAUCUCAACAACGAAUUGUAGAACUCCAAGAACAGGGUACAUGGCUCUAUCAAAAAUAUUUUAAAUCGAUGGAAAAAAUAACGGAAACAACAUUAGAAAUACUUGCAGAUCGUGUGUUUCCAUAUUUAGCUAGAGAUUACAUAUUUUGGAACGAACCUCCUCAUAAAGACAUUACAUCACCACUUUUUUUACCGGUUACUGCACCAAAAACUCGAGGAUUUACCGCAGUUAUUUUGACUUAUGAUAGAUUGGAAUUAUUAUUUCUUUUAAUUAAUAAACUUGUUAAAGUCCCCAGUUUGUCAAAAGUUCUAGUAAUAUGGAAUAAUCAACAUAAAAAUCCACCACAUUCAUCCAAAUGGCCAAAAUUGAACAAACCAUUAAAAGUUAUACAAACAAAGGAAAAUAAAUUAUCUAACAGAUUCUAUCCGUAUGAUGAAAUUGAAACUGAAGCUGUUCUAUCAAUAGAUGAUGAUAUUAUAAUGCUGACAGCGGAUGAAGUAGAAUUUGCUUAUGAGGUUUGGAGAGAAUUUCCAGAUCGAAUUGUUGGUUUUCCAUCUCGAAUUCAUAUGUGGGAUAAUGGAACAAAUUGUUGGAAGUACGAAAGUGAAUGGACCAAUAGUAUCUCUAUGGUGUUAACUGGAGCUGCAUUUCAUCAUAAAUAUUGGAGUUAUAUGUAUACAACUGCUAUGCCAGGUGACAUAAAGGAGUGGGUUGAUGAACAUAUGAAUUGUGAAGAUAUAGCUAUGAAUUUUCUAGUAGCAAAUAUCACCGGAAAAGCACCAAUAAAAGUAACGCCAAAGAAAAAAUUUCGAUGCCCAGAAUGUACAAACACUGAAAUGCUUUCAGCAGAUUUAACGCAUAUGGUGGAACGCACACAAUGCAUAAAUAGAUUUUCUUCAAUUUAUGGAUCGAUGCCAUUACAGUCAGCUGAAUUUCGAGCAGAUCCAGUCUUAUUCAAAGAUGUGUUCCCUGAGAAACUCAAAAGGUUUAAUGAUAUUGGGAGCUUGUAAAUAUUUUUUCAUUUUAAUAUCUGUUAUUUUAUAAUAGAAUUUUUAUAUUGUUAAAUAAAUACAAGAAUUGUUAAACAAUUA